AUGGCUGCCACCACAGUCCCCCAGACAUCCCUGGAUUUCUCCUCCUGCUGUGUCUCCUCCUGCUGUGUCUCCUCCUGUUGUGUCUCCUCCUGCUGUUUCUCCUCCUACUGUGUCUCCUCCUGCUGUGUCUCCUCCUGCUGUGUCUCCUCUUGCUGUGUCUCCUCCUGCUGUUUCUCCUCCUGCUGUGUCUCCUCCUGCUGUGUCUCCUCCUGUUGUGUCUCCUCCUGUUGUGUCUCCUCCUGCUGUGUCUCCUCCUGCUGUGUCUCCUCUUGCUGUGUCUCCUCUUGCUGUGUCUCCUCCUGCUGUUUCUCCUCCUGCUGUGUCUCCUCCUGCUGUGUCUCCUCCUGCUGUGCCUCCUCCUGCUGUGUCUCCUCUUGCUGUGUCUCCUCUUGCUGUGUCUCCUCCUGCUGUUUCUCCUCCUGCUGUGUCUCCUCCUGCUGUGUCUCCUCCUGCUGUGCCUCCUCCUGCUGUGGCUCCUCCUGCUGUGGCUCCUCCUGCUGUGUCUCCUCCAGCUGUGGCUCCUCCUGCUGUGGCUCCUCCUGCUGUGUCUCCUCCUGCUGUGCCUCCUCCUGCUGUGUCUCCUCUUGCUGUGUCUCCUCUUGCUGUGUCUCCUCCUGCUGUUUCUCCUCCUGCUGUGUCUCCUCCUGCUGUGUCUCCUCCUGCUGUGCCUCCUCCUGCUGUGGCUCCUCCUGCUGUGGCUCCUCCUGCUGUGUCUCCUCCAGCUGUCACCAGCCCCUUCAACCAGCUGCCACACCCACUCUGACUGAAAUGUGUUCAUUGGCUGCCUCAUCCCAGCACCAGCCCCUUCAACCAGCUGCCACACCCACUCUGACUGAAAUGUGUUCAUUGGCUGCCUCAUCCCAGCACCAGCCCCUUCAACCAGCUGCCACACCCACUCUGACUGAAAUGUGUUCAUUGGCUGCCUCAUCCCAGCACCAGCCCCUUCAACCAGCUGCCACACCCACUCUGACUGAAAUGUGUUCAUUGGCUGCCUCAUCCCAGCACCAGCCCCUUCAACCAGCUGCCACACCCACUCUGACUGAAAUGUGUUCAUUGGCUGCCUCAUCCCAGCACCAGCCCCUUCAACCAGCUGCCACACCCACUCUGACUGAAAUGUGUUCAUUGGCUGCCUCAUCCCAGCACCAGCCCCUUCAACCAGCUGCCACACCCACUCUGACUGAAAUGUGUUCAUUGGCUGCCUCAUCCCAGCACCAGCCCCUUCAACCAGCUGCCACACCCACUCUGACUGAAAUGUGUUCAUUGGCUGGCGUGAAACAGGAUCAAAGGCAUUAG